AUGGCAGCCUCGACUCAAAGCACACUAGAAGAGAUUGAGCGCCGCCGUGUGCAGCUACAGGAAAAUGUCGACAAGCUGCGCAAAGCCCUCUCCCAUUGGACCACCUGGGAAGCUGAGUAUGAGGCGCUCAAAGAAGAGAUAGAGGCUGCCGACAACGCUUCGCCCUCACAGAUUCGUGAGAUAGCGCGCGACCUCGAGCUUACGCUACUCAACGAGAAAGAAGUCGAAGAGCUCAUCUCCAAGAAUUCGCCAUCGGAACGCACUGCUAAUCAAGUUGUUGACAUGAUCUCUAGACGCAUUGACUAUGUUCGGACGAGUAGUGCUACUAUCGAAAAGAACCUCGAUGUUGCCGAGAAGAAGCUUGCUGGCGUCGAUGUCCUGCUGGAGCCUGGCAUGGACAACGAAGAUGGCGAUCCGAUGAUGGACAUUGAGGAGGAGUUGGACGAGGACGGUAACGAAGUGUCAAGCUCGAUCAACCAGACAGGCAAAGCUGCAGCUGAGCUUGUCGAGGUGUUGCGCAAGGCUGGAAUCCAAAAGGCGGAGCUGGAGAAGAAGGUGACCCAGUCAGAAGAAAGAUCAUCGGAAAAGGUGUCUGACACCGCACCGGUUCCAGAGACUGUGAAAGCCUCGGCCCCUGCUUCUUCGUCUUCACAGCCCAAAUCUACUCCCUCCUCAAAAUCCACAUCUACCGUGUCCGACGAUCCCGCCCCUCAACCCAGCCCUCCAAAGAAGACUGUAUCCUUUGCCGAGGAUGUUCAAGUCGAGCCCUCACAGAGCUCAGAAGAGGAGAAACUCGCGACGCUACUAUUCCCAAAAGGGGCGAGAGCCGUCGAACUCAAGGGUGACGAGCGUGCAACGCCUUCGUCUCCCAUCAUACCAAACGAUGAGUCUCCAGAAGAUGCGGCGUUGCGCAGGCAAAUGCUCGAGUAUGGACUUUCAGAAGUCGGGCAGGUCGUUGCUGAGCUCAAUCUUGACCAGCCUACUGCUGAGUACUCUGAUUACGAGACCGACGAUGACGACUACGGCGAGUACGACACCGAGGAUGAGGAAGACGAAGACGAAUAUGGCCGCAGCACAAGGCCCGUCAUCACUGAGGAGUACCGUAAGCAGAUGAUGGAGCUGGAGAAGAAGCUGAACGCUCGCAUGAUGCAGAAUGUGGGCCCUGAAGCAGAUAAGCCUUCUUUGGAAGAGCACAUCGGCGACAUUCGCACCAUGGUCGUGAAGGAGGACGAUGAGUUUGAUGGAUCGAUGGAUACAUCAAAGUCUGAAACGCCACCUGCAGACUCGAAUCAAAGCCCGAACAAGAGAGUGGUUCGCUUUGCCGAGAACUUGGACGUUUCCGAAGCACCCAAGCAAGUACAAGGACCACCAAAAGCAACUCUUGCUCCAGCCAAACCCGCUCCAACCAUGUCAGAUAUUGUUGUCGAACGAGCUCCACCUGGAGUUUCGGCGCCAGUAGAACCACCCAAGCCAGGCAAAGUGUCGCGAUUCAAGAGUGCACGGGCUGGUGCGGCUCCUCCACCGCAGAUGCUACCAACACCUCCUAUCCCAGAAGCGCCCCCUGUUCCAAGUGGCCCUAAAGGGAAAACGAUAGCUGAUACUGUCACUGAACACGCUCCGUUGCCGUCUGAACCUCAGGCUCCUAACGAGUUUGAUCCCCUUCUGGUUAGCCGCGAGAUCCAAGCUCACUACAACAAAGCGCGAAACAGGUUCAUCUCGCAGCAGGGCGGGUUCAAGGCUACUGAAGAGGACCUGGAGAACCCGAUAGUAGAAGAGCGAGACGGGAAGACCAAGAAGGUGAGCCGAUUCAUGGCAGCCAGACUGAAGGCCGAGGGUAUGUAAGCUUUCCGUACAAUAUCGCCACCUUACCUUGAUCAAUUCCUGUCGCUCAUGUGCUUGGCGGGACACGUCUAUCUGCUUUUGCAGUCAUGCCAGUGGACAUAUAUGCAACACACGGAACAAUUCAUGUCCGUGAGGGAUACCAUUCCAUGUAUCAAACCUCACAUUACAUUGAUUCCAAGAAGAAACAUCGGGGCCACUAGACGCGUUUGGCGACUUAUGCCUCUACGCGGUUCAUUUUUCCCCGUAC